AUGGAGAUAUACCUCCCUAAUGGUGGAGGGGAUAUGCCUCUCCACCUGAAACCUAUCCCAAGCUCGCCUAUUGUCACGCGCAAGUCUGGGAGCCGGGCCCGACCCAGGCCAUAUCCGUCUCCUUCCUUCCAGAGCGGGAGUCGUGAUGGGAACUCAGUGGCCGACUCGUUACCGAAUACGCUUAACCCUGCGCAGGGGGGCAGAUUCUCCACUAGCGGCAUGGCUGUGACACAGGCUUCCGUAGUUGGACAGAAUGCUAGUGGAGACGUAGAUCAGACAUCUCACAUACCUACCCACAUCGACGACGACGACGGACUAAUCCCUGCGCCACCUGGGGAGCCAGGGCGCCCCAGCUCUGGUGGUUAUAGCCUGCAGGCCACACUAGAGGAUCUGGGAUGGACCAAGAAAGACAUCCGAUACGUGAGGGUACGAUACACCAUCGGCGGCAUGGCUUGA